GAAAAAGAAUGCAAAAUAACAAGUGGGGGAUAGUUAGCAGGUGAUGAAUGGACAAACAGAAGGUGACACAGAACAUUUUAACCAUGAAGCACGAUAGACAAGUGACAAAGUUUAUAUAAAGUGAGAAUAGAAGAAUUACAAUUGUAAAAAUAACAAUGAUAAUGGGUAUUGAUAACAAUUAUAAUGCUAACAAUGAUAUAUUGCAGAAAAAUGAUGAUGAUAAUGGCAGCAAUGAACAUGUGCAUGUACAGUACAUAGAGCUGCCCCCCAUUUUCAUUAGCGCUACCAUUAGCAGCUAGCUUGCUGGCAUUGGUCAUUGAUGAAUGAAUUUAACGAUUUAUAAAAUUAUUCAAAAUAAUACAAUGUAAAAAAGUAAGAACUUUCUAUAUGCACUGUGUGUCUAACUGAUCGAUCUGUCAACAGGGAGUUUCUCUAGGAUGAGGUGUAACCCAGGCAGAGUUUAUGUUCUUACAGCUGCUUUCACACCACUGCUGUGUGUCUCUCUCUCCCUCCAGGUGACAAAGAAGCUGCUGGUGCUGCUUCCGAAACAGCUGCCUGGAUUACCUAUGUUGGCUUUCCAGGAUGUUGGCCGGAUUGAUGACGCCACGUCUUCCAGGUGGACCCCCAGAGGUGCCUGUUGUCUCAUUGAGGCAUAGCGGUCCUCGCUGGAGGGGAAGUAGAGGAUGCUUGGCCUCACUGUUGCCAAGGUGAUACAGAGGAUCUCCUGAGAGUGGAGGCUCCACUGUUGGAGGAGGACACAUGGGGCAGAGGAGACGGCGGGGUCAGCCUUCAAGUUUCCACCUAAUCCACUUCAUCCCAGCCAGUGCCAAGUACUUCCAAGCUCCUGGCAACACCUGCCAGACAGAGCAGGAGGAAGAGCGAGUUGUCUUCCCUCCCAGAGACCAGGAGAGGCAGCCCAGGUGACAGUUCAAGGCAGCGACGGGGAAGAACUCUUCCUGUCCUGGGAAGGAGAGUCUCCAGAGACGCAGAGUCGCUCGGAGCAGAGAUGAGUCUAACAGCAGUGGCCAGUGGAUUUGUUGUCUUUGUUCUCUCAGUGGUACAGGGUCAGUAUGACUGGGGAGUGAUUUACCCUCGAUCUCACAUCUGCACCUUAAAUGGAUCAACAGUGGAAAUACGCUGCAGCUACAGAUUCCCAUCCAGGUUAAAUGAUGCUGAUACUGCAGUUGAGGAAACAUUCUGGUUCACUAGAUUAAGUGAUAAUGAACCUGUGGAUCUGAGAGCAGACUCAGAGUAUUCAGGUCGUGUUCAGUAUCACUGUGGAGAGAACGACUGCACUCUGAGAAUCACAGACCUGAGAGAGAGCGACUCAGCUGAGUACAAGUUCAGGUUCAUUACAAACCAACCAGGAGGGAAAUAUACAGGUGAACCUGGAGUCACUUUGUCUGUCACAGAUCCAGGUUUACAGGUGAAGAUGAGCGAAUCAAAAAGGUGCAGAACUUCUCCCUGUACAUUGUCACGUCUCACGUGUCACAGCAGUUGUCCUCUACCUGAUCAUCCGUCCUACAUCUGGUACGAGAGUGGAAAGAAUAUGGGGAAAGAUGCACGUUCUUUUAAAACCUACUUUUAUGAUAAAAACAGUUAUGCCUGUGCUGUAAAAGGACACGAGGAUUUCCCCUCUCCUUCAGUGUGUGUCCAUGGUUCUUCAUGCAACAGAGUGACUUACACUGACAGAAGCAUCUGUGCCUUUAAAGGCUCUUCAGUCGACAUUUCUUGCACUUACAACAAUUAUGAAUCUAUCAAAUCUAAAUUCUGGUUCAGUAAUGAUCAGCAGGGGUAUUACACACGACUUGUGGACCUUCGUAAAGACUCCCAGUACUCAGGUCGUGUUCAGGUCCUUGAAGCAGAGAGACGCUCCACUCUGAGAAUCACUGACCUGACAGAGAGAGAUUCAGCUGAGUAUCGCUUCAAAUUCAAAACACAAUGGUUUGAAUGGGAGAGCAGCUUAUGUGGUACAACUCUGACUGUCACAGAUCCAGAUGUGCAGGUGCAGGUGAUCUGGACUUCUACCGGUCCAAAACUGAUUUGUUCCAGCAGCUGUCUUCUCUCUGCUCGUUCUGCCUUUGUCUGGUACAAGAGUGAAAAAGAAAUUCAGGGAGAGACGUCUCCAUCUUUUAGAGGACACGUAGAUCCUGAGGACAGUUAUUCCUGUGCUUAUGAGGGUUACCGCUCCCCUGCAGUGUAUGCUCCGAAGGUGUCAGUGUUGAUGAAUCCCUCUGGUGACGUAAUGAAGGACAGUUCAGUGAGUCUCACCUGUAGCAUCGAUGCUAACCCAGCAGCUAAAUACACCUGGUACAAAGAGAACCAGUUACUGCUCAGUGGAGAACCGCAGCUUGUUUUCACCUCCGUCCAGUCCUCCAACUCUGGAGAGUAUUACUGCACAGCUGAGAAUGAGCUGGGGAAGACGACAUCUGAACAUGUCUCACUUAAUGUGAAAUAUGGUCCUCAGACCUCCACUCUGUCAGUGAGUCCCUCUGGUGAGAUAGUGGAGGGCAGUUCAGUGACUCUGACCUGUAGCAGUGAUGCUAACCCAGCAGCUAAUUACACCUGGUACAAGGAGAACCUAAAACUGCUUCAAGGACCAGAAGGAGUUUAUCAUUUCUCCUCCAUCAGCUCUGAGGACAGAGGGAACUACUACUGCAAGUCUGAGAAUAAACAUGGACAGAUCAACUCUGCGUCUCUAUUCUUAGAUGUCCAGUAUGCUCCAAAGCUUCUCUCUGUGUCAGUGAGUCCCUCUGGUGAGAUAGUGGAGGGCAGUUCAGUGAAUCUGACCUGUAGCAGUGAUGCUAACCCAGCAGCUAAUUACACCUGGUACAAGGAGAAUGAAGACUCACCAAAAGCUUCAGGACAGAUCUUCACCAUCACUGACCUCAGACCUGAACACAGUGGGAAUUAUUACUGUGAAGCCCAGAACACAAGAGGACGUCGUAACUCCACCUUAAAUCUGACUGUUGUAGCAGGUGCAUGGAAAUCAGCAGCUGCUGGAUCAAUCACUGCUGUUCUCCUGGCUCUCAUCCUCCUCGCUGUCUUCCUGUGGAUCAGAAGAGAGAACUCCUUCACACAGCAGUGUAAGUGUGGAGAGAGACCUGACAACAGAGCACAGCUGAACGUGGGUCCAGUGUGUGACACCCCGUCAUCUGCAGCACAGAGACAAGCAGCAGGACAGCAGGAUGACCUUCACUACGCCAGCAUCUGCUUCUCACAGAACCAGGGAGAUGUUGUCUACUCCAACGUCAGAGUUCAUCCCCAGAGAGAAACAGAGGAAGAGGAGGAGGAGGAGGAUGGGGUUGAAUACUCUGCUGUCAGAUUUAACAAUGCCAGCAGUGCACCAGGAACAAGACGUCAAGAAGAUGGAAAUGAUUCAUGUGCACUGUACAGCACAGUCAACAAAAACAAAAACACACCAUGAAUCUGAGCUUUGUUAUUUAUACUUGGAUUUUACAGCAUCAAGAGAAUCAGAAAAAACACAAACAUAUAAACAACAGUGGUUUAUGUAGGGUUUGUAAAGACUUGUUUGUUUGCUCAUUGUUUUUUAAAAGGUUGUUUGAACCAAAUUACAAAGAAAUGUCAUAUUUUCUCACUGACUCCUGCUUUUAUCAAACCAUGUAUGUUUGCUGCAAAAAUAUGUCUGAAACUUUACUUCAGUUAAAGCUUAGGAAGAAAACUCUGCUUGUCAUAUUGUCACAUAAAUAUAACAGCGUGUUACACUGGAUAAUGUCUGAUUAUUGUAAGGAUAAAAUAUGAUUAAAGUACAAUCAACAUUUGUGUU